UAUUACUUGUAGAAAAGCUGGCGAUGUCGUGAGAAGUAAAAGUAGUGGAAAGUACAACAGGUUGCGAAUUUUGGAUGUUUGGAAUUUAUCUCCUGUAGAAGAAAAAAAUAUGACUCUGGAAAAUUUUGUAACCUCAUGUCAACUAUGGCUCAGAUUAGCCAUGUUUAUUUUGGGACCGCUCAGAAGUGCAUUGUUGGAUGUUCUUCACAACAAUGGUGUGCCCAAACAACCAAAAGAUUUGUACAGUUUUUUAGUUUCCAAAAGAACUACAUUGGCACGAUUGAAAGGCAAGGGAGUAAUUACACGACCGCAAUGGGAACUGUUAUAUCCACCUGGUAAAAGUGAAACAGAUUGUAACCUCUUUGAUAUCACGUUGAUUGUAUUGCUUAUUGAAGCAUUGACAUCAAUUGCACCUAAUGAUGGAAAUUGGCGAAAUGAUAAUCCCCCGGAUACAGACACAUCUGUAGGAGCAUUUUGCAUUAGAGGAAGGAAUAUGCGAAACUACCUUAAUCACUUUGCUGAUAUUACAGCUCUAAAUGGUUCUGAAUUUUCUCUCAAAUGGAGUGUACUGCUUAACAUAUAACAUGGGUUGAACUAUAAUUAUUUUUUUGACGUUAAUGAUCUAAAAACAGUAAGUUUAGAUCUUCAAAACAAUUUAGUAUUACGAUCAAUUGUAUUGGCCAAUCAAAUUAAGUUGGACGAUCAUGGCACUGAAUUACAUGAAUUAAGAAAUAGCAAUAUCUCACUUGAAAAUCGGAUAACGUCGAACGUAACCAAUUUAGAGGGAAAGUUAUUAUGCAUGCAAAAUGAGUUAUGGGGUAAUUCCCUUGUAAGUGACAACCUUCUAACACAGAUUAAACAAAUUCACAUGAAUAUGUCACAGAUGCAAAAUGAUAUUAAAUCUAUGAAAAAAGAUGUAAAAGAUUUAUCUAAUCGCACAGACGUUUUAGAAGAAGAUAUGUGCAAAUUGAAAGACGUUCAAAGCCAGCGUAAAGCAAACAAAGUUGAUUUUAACAACCUAACGAGUGUUUCUGCUUUGAAUGUUGUUGCAAAAAUGAUUGGAAAUGAUUGGAAAGAUUUGAGUAAAGGGCUUGAAAUACCACAAAAUGAUAAUGCGGCAGAAACAACUGAAAGAACGAUAAAGGAAUGUUUUGAAGAAAUCAAAAACCGCGUUUCUUGGAAAGAAUUGAAAUAUGAACUUGGGAUACUGCAACGACAAGAUAUUGUUAAUGAAAUCACUUCGAAAACUUUGUGUACAUUUGGGUUAAACGAAUAUUCCAAUAAGUUAAGGGACCAUUACAAGAAAACGUUGUCACAUUGGAAUAUUCCCUCUGCAUUUAAGUCAGAUUCUGGAAGAAAACACACAAGCAAAUAACGCAACGAAGCUUAUGUUGAUUUGAUA